UAAUAGGUCCAGAGUUCACCUACCACUUAUCCACUAACAGUCAGGCUUUUCACCUUCUCCGUCCACCUGCUGCUCCCGUUACACUUUUUAGGGAAUUCUCUCUCUUCGGAGGACAGAGGAUUGUGGAUCGAUGUGUCCAACUGAGGCGUGAUGUGGAGUUGCAGGCUGCUGUGAGGUGCCAGGAAAUCACAGACCUCAGCUUACACCAUUAAUUUAAGCUCAACAGGAAAUCAAAGAGGAGCAGAAAAGCCACUGGGGUUCUCUAGUCUUCUACACAGGCAUUACUGGAGCAAGCUGAUUGGAUGACACAUGGAAAAUAGAUGCAACAUUGGAGAAGUCUGUUAUUUUGAUGGCUAUGUUUCGAUGGGAGCAUGUCAAGAAGCUGGUGUUUAUCUGUGUUUAACCAUCACCUUCUCCUCUAAAUACUGGCUGGUAAUUGUCAGCACAGUUACUGGUAAAUGUCUGGAAAUCUGUGUGGUGUUAUUUCUCAGAAGACAGUUAUUGACUGAGCAAUCAUUCCUGCAUGUAUUAUCAGCUGUUUUAUGGCUGGGUGAGCGAAAUAACCAACCAAACUGUUUUUGAGUAUUAACAGGGUCAGAGUGACUUGGACUUAAGAAACGAUGCUGAACUCUUCUGGUUCUGAAGGUCUGCUGGGGAACAGAAGCAGCGAUGGUUUGGCCAGUGUGGAGCAGAUCCUUGUCCCCAUACUGGAUUCACUGAUUCUGAUUCUGGGAGUUACUGGACACACUUUAGUGAUGGUGAUCUUGUGUGGACGACAGAGGAGGGGGUUAGGACAAGCUUCACAGGGCUUCAUGAUGGGCACAGGGACGGACGUCCUCUUGCUGGCUCUGAGUGCUGCAGAUCUGCUCCUGCUCUCCACGAUUCCCUUCUACACAGCUUCCAUAGUCAUGCAGAAGUGGCCUUUUGGGAACGUCAUGUGCCGUCUGGUGGGUUUCUUGGGAUCCGCUUGCUCAUCCGCCAGCGUCUUCACUCUGGCGGUGCUGGCUGUCUCUCGCUAUCUGACUGUGGUGAAGCCUACCAGAGCAUACAGCCUGCUCACCCCUCGCAGGUUUUCCAUCAUCGCCGUUCUCAUCUGGGUUCCAGCCUGCUCCCUCGGAGCCCCUCAAUUGGUUUUUCGCUCUGUGGGACCCCCUCGGCAAGCACCUGAUGGCCUUGCUUGCUUUGCCUUCCUUUCUCACCAGCAGCAGAUGAUCUACGGACUGUUUCACUUCCUCGCAGCCUUCAUGCUUCCACUGGUCACCAUCGCGGUGGCAUACGGCAGCAUCUACGUGUUCCUGUUGCGGGGCCAACAUGCCGGCAGGGCCCCUCAAGUAGAGCGCUAUCAGAGAAAAGUUACUCAGACAACAGCCAUGCUGGUGCUAGCUUUUACUCUGUGCUGGCUGCCCUCGUAUGGACUGACGCUGGCCUUACUGGCGAAUAAGAACUCAGGGGCCAGUGGGGCCACGCCGCGUUAUGGCGCCUUUAGUGUGUUUGCACGCUUCAUGGCAACCUCCUCUACAGUGAUGAACCCUUGCCUCUAUGUACUGAUGUCCCAAAAGUUCAGACAGGAUCUACUGAGGAUUUUCAAGAAGGAAAGCCAAAAAGCAAAGAACAAUGUGGUGAUGUCUGCUGUCUGACAGAGUUAAUGUAAACAACUCACUGAAAAGCAAAUGUUGUGCUUUAGGACUUCUCAAUCAAAUGUUUGAAAGCAGUAUUCUACUGAACCUGAAACAUUAUGCCACUUAUGUGUGAAAAGUAGGAGAACUUACUCUGAAUUAACACAUUCCUGGGAAGAGUGGCGAGAAAAAUCACUGUGAACAAAUCAACCCUGUAGUGAAACAUGGUGGUGGUGGUAUGAUGCUGUACGGAUGCUUUUCUUCACGUCAACAAUCCUAAACAUGAAGCUAGAGCUAAAAGGGAAUGCUUUAGAUACAUUGUUCUUAAAUUGUGGUAGAAGUACAACAUGUCAUUUCUGGGUUGCCUACAGUGGUAGUCAAUAAUAAUAAUUUGCAAAAUAAAUAUGAAUGUAAUAAUUGUGAAGAAAUUAAUGAGAGUAGACCAGGAACAAAUGCUGGGGCCAACUUAUGCUGUGAUCCAACCCCCUCAAAAGUCCAAACUAGGAUCUGAAAACGAUAUUAAAAAUUAAAUGCAUUCCUGUUUCAAGUUAAAAAAACAGUGAGAUUUGGUAAUUGAUGCAUGGUGUUCGUUGACCUGCUUUUAGCAAUACAACAUAAUACCUCAUUUCUCUGUGUUUUGUACUGUCAAACAGCGUAGCGACUAGUUUAAUAAAGCACGCUGUAUAGUGCAGUAUGUGUGACUUGCGUCGUAAGAUAUACGUUAGAAGAAGUGCAAAUAAGCAGUUGUUUUUAUUCUUAUUUUACGACUUCGCUGUUACUAAUGGUGUGCAUGGAAGAUGGCCAUACUAGAUUUCGAGGAUGGGGUUGGUAAACAACCUCUGACCUUCCCACGUGGACCCAGACUUGUCGGGACCUUUCUGUUAAUUUCCCCAACUUUAAACUUGUAAAUGUCAAUUUCAGAAUAACAAUGAAAUGUGAAAUUAAACAGCCUCUUCUGACCAAUCAUGCAAAGCCAAAGAAAUAAUACUGAGCAAAAAAUUAAAAAGUUUGAAUUCCUCUUGUUUAAAAAAAAGGUCUGUUAAAAUGGUGGGUCUUAUAAAACUUUUUAUGUUCUUGGGUUGUUCUUGUUAUAAAAGAGUUUGAAAGCGAGCACUAUAGAUCAAAGCAUAUUCAUAAGUGCAUGACCUAGUUAAAGUCCAGACUUAAAUCUAAUUAAAAACCUGUGGUAAUACUUGAAAACUGAUGUUCAUAAUCACCUUCUCUCCAAUCUGACUGACCUAUUUUGGAACGAAAUACAUAUCAUCCUCUAUUCCUGAUCUUUAUUAUAGUUUGAGAAUUUUAUUGCUUAAGACAAUCACAAGACUUGCUCUGGGUGUGGAGGGUUUAAAGGCCCAGUAGGAGACCCAAUUCUGAAUCACAUUCCUUGUAAACAGAUUAAAGUAAAGGCACUUUGGUAGAACAUUAA